AGCAGCGACAACCCAGGCAGCACCACAUGAAGCCUGGUGAGCCCCAGUUGCUGUAGUUUGAUGAGACCAGGCCUGGUUCAUCCUCCAUGCUGCUAAGUUCUCAGCUGUGCCCUAAGUUCUCAGCUGAAAAGUUGUCUCCCCUCUGUGCCACACAGAGGAUGGGAUGCGGGCUUUGGGAGGGGACACCUGAACGCAGACUUCUUUCUGUGGGGACUGCCCUCGCAGCUUGCUGGGGACAUCUUUUCACCAAAACAUUGCUGCAUUAAUCCUUCUAAGCUCUGGCACUCUCACAUUAUCAGACACAGGCAGAGUGAGAAUAAGAAGGGGGAGGGCAGGGAAAAAAAUUAAAGAGGGAGGAAUGAGUCACCAGUCCAGACAAAUUGCCUCCAAGACACUAAAAUUAAGCUGAGGAGAGUGGUCCCAGCGGUACUAUGGAUCUGGCAGCUGUGAGCACCUGCUUUCCUGAUGCAUUGCAGGGACUUGAGCGUAAGUGUUACAGGGUGGCUGCUACUGCCACUACUUGCAGGAGAGAGGAGGGCUCAGGGUGUGAUGAUUGGCACUGCAAAAUCCUGCAGUCCUAGGAGGGCACAGAGAAACUAUGGAGUUGAGUCAGAUUACUGUUCCUGGAUGCAGCAACACUUCUGAGCUUCACAGUCUGCUUCCUGCACUGAGGAGGUGCAUUGGUGAUGCCAGGUACAACCAGACACAGCGAAGCUCCCGAGGUACCCUGCUGCCAGGGAAAUUUCUGCAAUUUCAAUUCAUGGUCAGGUAUGAAUAAGGCAGUUAAUUCAGUGAUGUGACACAUUACCUGCUGAAAAAGUUCACAGCAACCCUGGCAGGCACCCUGUGGCAGGGUGUUCUGCAAAUAUCUGCACUGCACGUGGGCUGCUGGAUGAAUUGCCCAGGCCCAUCCAAAGGUAAUGUAAAUGAUGUCAAUGUAACUCCAGAAGAGUAAAAAUGAAGCCUCUGGUAUGGGCAUAUCCCUGUGAAAGGGCAAGGGACAUGAAGUACUUGAAAAUGGGGUCUGACCUCUCUUAAGCAUCUUAAGCAUGACUCAACGCAAUAUAUUCCCAGUGAUUUAUUACUUCUCUCCAGUUUUCAAGCCUUGGCUUUUACUUUUUCAGUCUGCCCCAUCCCCUAUCAAGUACAGCAAUGCAUAAGAUGUGUGUGAAACAAAAUUCAUGUAUCAGCCUACCUGUGGAGGUGCACAGGCUGAGCUCUCAUUCCAACACAAUUUAAGCAGUUUGCAUAGCCCCCCACUGGAGAAUGGGGCACAACUCAGAGCACUGAGGAAAUGACCUGGAGACCUGGAAUUUGUGAUCCUAUGACAGUGCUUAUCCUAACAAGUCCUGCAAGGGUUAGCUGUGUGGAGCUGUGCAGUUACAUGGCUCUGUUUCCUCUAACAAAGGAGCUUGGGGGCUCUUGCAGGGUGCUCCAGAUGCCCGCCCCGGUGAAGAAAACCUCUGGGUGCUACCCAUGCCAAUCCUUCCGCAAUGAGGACUCCUCUCUCUUCUGUGUCUCCAGACAGCAUUUUGGCCAACUUCUAGCCUAAAGAGGCCUGACAGCUUUGAAGUCCUGUAGUGCCUUCAUCGGCUCUCCUUUCAGCAGCACUGGCUGCACAUAAAGUUGUCCAAAUAGGUUUGGAUUUUAGACGCAGGCUAGGAGAGCCGAGCCAAGUCGCCCCCUCCUGCAAGCCACUCUCUCACCACAUAGCUGUUCUCUGCAUCCCUCUCUUCUUCCUCUUCCCUCCGCUGUCUUCAGCAUCUUUUACCUCACUCCUCAUUCCUUCAUCCUCCCCUCUUCUGCUCUCCCCUUAUCCCUCUGCCCAUCUCCUUGCGCCUCCCUCUCCCGCUUCUAUUCUCCAACCCGGUAUCUCCCCCCGCUCAUCUUUGUUCUCCUGCCCUGCCGUCCAUCCCCUCCAUCCCCUCCAUCCCCUCCUUCUCCUGCCGGUGUUUCCGUGCGUGGCGCCCAUUGGCUGCCGGCACCCGUCCCCCGGUACCGGCGCUCCGCAUCCCGAGCCCCGCCGAUGGUGGGGGCUGCGCGGGGGAGGGACCCGCGGGCGUGGGGCUGAGGGGCCGCGCAUCCCCCCGCCCUCCCCGGGCCCCUUCCCACGCCAGGCACGGCGGGGGCGAUGGGCAAGUCCGGCAAGCAGGACUCGCACCGCCGGCAGCGAUCGGCGGGGCUCGCUCCCUCCGGGAGCGCUUCGCUCUGCCGCGUUCAGGAAAGGGGAAGGGGAAAAGCAUGACACGGAUUCUCCCGGGGAAGCGGAGGAAAAUGUACAUGCCGACGACAUGUAAGUACCCGGCGGCUCUGCCCGCUCUUGCCAGAUGUCUCCCGCGGGCAUGAGUCCAUGCAGAAGUUAAGUCUGCAGUUCCAGAGAAGAAAACCUGCCGACCACCCCCCUCUGCCGACCCUCCAACUCUGCCAGUCCAGCCUGAUCCUUACGAGAGAGCUCAAGCCCGAGCUCCAGAUUGCUAACUGAUCCUGCAAGGACACUGCCCCCUGCCCUCUUCCCUGCCUCUGCUAUGGACACUUCUGCUUUUAGCCUCCCCACGCCGGCAGUGUUGGAGGAGGGGAAUGCCUCCAGUAGCUGGGCAGGCUUCACUACCCUCAACAGCUCCUCCACCGACAGCCCUGGUGUGGUUGUCAGCGGUGUCCUCAUCCCCGUGGUCUACCUCAUUGUCUGUGUGGUGGGGCUGGCUGGGAAUUCCCUGGUCAUUUAUGUGGUCCUGCGGCACUCCGUGAGCGAGUCGGUGACCAACGUGUACAUCUUGAACCUGGCCCUGGCUGACGAGCUCUUCAUGCUGGGCCUGCCCUUCCUGGCUGCGCAGAAUGCCCUGUCCUACUGGCCAUUUGGUUCUUUCAUGUGCCGCCUGGUGAUGGCCGUGGAUGCCAUCAACCAGUUCACCAGCAUCUUCUGCCUGACGGUGAUGAGCGUUGACCGCUACCUGGCUGUGGUCCACCCAGGGAAGUCCUCCAAAUGGAGGACAGCACGGGUGGCCAAGGCCGUGAGUGUAACCGUGUGGGUGUUGUCUUCCAUAGUGGUGCUGCCCGUGGUUGUCUUCUCAGAUGUCCCUUUAGGGAUGAGUACAUGCCACAUCCAGUGGCCAGAGCCUGCCUCGGUGUGGAGAGCUGGCUUCAUUGUCUACACUGCUACCCUGGGCUUCUUUGGACCACUCUUGGUGAUUUGCCUCUGCUAUCUCCUGAUUGUUGUGAAGGUUCGCUCCUCUGGCAGGCGGGUGAGGGCUCUGUCCUCCAAGCACAAGCUUUCAGAGCGCAGAGUGACCCGCAUGGUGGUGACUGUGGUGGCUGUCUUCGUCCUCUGCUGGCUUCCCUUCUACGUCCUCAACAUAAUCAAUGUUGUCUGCCCGCUGCCAGAGGAGCCGUCCCUCUUUGGAGUCUACUUCCUCGUGGUGGUGCUGCCGUAUGCCAACAGCUGCGCCAAUCCCAUCAUCUACGGCUUCCUCUCCUACCGCUUCAAGCAGGGCUUCCGCAGGGCCAUCUUCAGGCCGUCCCGCCGAGUCCAGAGCCAGGAGGUGCCAGCAUGCCCCCCAGAGAAGUUUGAUGACGAAAGGGAAGAGGGUGAGAUCAGCAAGAUCACCCAAAAUGGAAAUGAGAGGCAGGAGCGCCCUCUAAGCAGCGGAGAAGGAAAAAGCAAUGAGCAAAAACCGCUCCCCGAGGAGCCUGCGGGAUGUGAAAAGAGCAACAAGUUGCAUGUCAGUUAUUUAUGAUGAAAGGGGUGGUGCAGGGGAAAGAGACAUCGGGACAUGGGAUCCCCUUCACCUUCUCUGCUUUCAAAGGCAAUGGGAGACACUGAUGCAAGGGAAUAAUAAAGUCCAAGAGUAUGCUUAAAGAUUAAUAGGGCUCCAUGAUCUUGUGGAAGAAGCAAGGCAUUGUUCUUGGCUUUGAAAGAGACACCUGAGGUUUGUGUGGUACCAAUGUUACCAGAAAUUGGUAAAAAUAAAACCUCCUUAACACUAA